AUGACUAUGGAGGAUAACUCAGUUGGAAAGAUCCCAGCCGAGAUGGCAACCCAUGAUAUAGAAGAAGACAGCGAAGCACGCAUCGAAAGACUAGGCCGCGAGCGACCACCCUGCUUCUCCAGCUUGUGGUCCGAACUAACCUUUUGCUUCUCAAUCGUCAUGUCACAAAUCCUCGCUGAAUACUACAUCUCCGGCUCCAACAUCCUCCUCCCAACCCUCAUUUCGGCCCUGGACAUCCCCCUCGCCUCCUCCAUCUGGCCCUCCACAGCGCUGUCCUUAGCAGUAACCUCCACCCUCCUUAUCUUCGGCCGCCUGGCAGACAUGUAUGGCGGCUUCGCAUGCUACCUCUUCGGCGCCGCCUGGCUCACCAUCUCCUCCAUUCUCGCGGGCUUCUCGCAAACCUGGCUAAUGCUCGUCAUCUGCCGCGCACUGCAAGGCCUCGCGCUCGCUGCAUUCUUGCCGUCUGGCAUGAUGAUCCUAGGCAGCGUGUACCGCCCCGGACCGCGGAAGAACCUCGUCUUCAGCGUGUACGGCGCCUGUGCGGCGCUGGGGUUCUUCGUGGGGAUUUUCUUCUCGGGGUUGUGCGGGAGGUUUCUCAGCUGGAGGUGGUAUUUCUUCAUCGGGGGGAUUCUGGCUGCGGUUACGGCUGCUACCUCGUUUUUCUCGAUCCCGAGUGAUUUUGCGGAGCGCAGGAAAACGAGAAAAGUUGGGAUGGAUUGGUUGGGAGCUGGGCUGCUGGUGCCUGGGCUGGUGUUGCUGGUGUUUGCUAUUGCGGGGAGUGCGCAUGCGCCCAGGCAGUGGGCGACGGCGUAUAUCGAUGUGUGUCUUGCGCUGGGGGUGGUGCUUCUCGCGGUGUUUGUGUAUGUGGAGGGUUGGGUGGUGGGGGAUCCGCUGGUGACGGCGGAUGUGUUUGCAGUUAAGUACAUGAAGCCGUUGCUUUUCUCGCUUGUUUGUUUGUAUGGCAGUUUGGGGAUUUUUUUGCUCUAUGGAGCAUUAUACAUGCAAAGCAUCAUGCACGCCAGUCCGCUGCAAAUCGUCGCAUGGACAGUCCCCAUGGCGUUUGGAGGCUUGCUUAUCUCGACAGUAGGCGGCUUCAUCAUGCACCGCAUCCCCGGCACGAUCCUCAUGCUCAUCUCCUGCCUGGGAUACAUCGGUUCAGGCCUCUUCUUUGCCCUCAUCCCGGAGAACGGAGGGUACUGGGCGUUUGUCUUCCCGGCCAUGAUCUGCGGGACAAUCGGGAUCGACAUCAGUUUCAACGUUACUAACAUCUUCAUCACGAGUAACAUGCCGCUGGAGAAGCAGGGGCUGGCGGGGGCGCUGAUCAACUGCACGUUGCACCUGGGGAUUGCGCUGCAUCUGGGGUUUGCAGAUAUAGUGCAGGUCAACACCGACGAACAAGGGCUGAGGAAGAGUUACCAAGCCGUAUUCUGGUUCCAGGUUGCGCUGUCAGGGCUGGGGCUAGUGGUGAACGCGUUAUUUGUGAGGAUUAGUCGGGCGAAGAGCGACCUGACCGUUGAUGAGAGGAGGGCUUUAGAGAGUAAUCUAUAG